AUGCAGGUGUCCUUCGCAUGCACUGAGCACAACCUCAAGAGUCGCAGUGAGGACCGGCUGUGUGGCCUUCGCACCGCUCCACCUCCCGGAGGAAGCAGUGGGGGAGUAGGGGGAGGCGGCGGAGGAGGAGGAGGUGGCGGCGGUGGUGGCAGCGGAGGAGGAGGAGGCGGCGGCGGCGGCGGAGGCGGAGGAGGUAGUGGACAAGGGAGCAAUGGCAACUACAUGACCCAAGGCUCGGUCAAGACCAGGGAGGGGCCCGGGUCUCGCCAGACUCCACAGGGCCAUGCCCACAUGAAGGAGGCCAUCGGGCGCCACACCAGUAUGAAGUACAGGAACCUGGGAAAGUCAGGCCUACGUGUUUCCUGCCUCGGGUUAGGCACCUGGGUGACAUUCGGAUCACAGAUCUCUGAUGAGAUGGCUGAGAACCUGAUGGCCAUAGCUUAUGAGAACGGAGUGAACCUGUUUGACACGGCGGAGGUGUACGCCUCCGGAAGGGCGGAAAUCACUCUGGGGAACAUUAUCAAGAAGAAAGGAUGGAGGCGUUCAAGUUUCGUCAUCACAACAAAAAUCUACUGGGGAGGCCAAGCCGAGACGGAGCGAGGACUCUCCAGAAAGCACAUUAUUGAAGGUUUAAGAGGAUCAUUAUCAAGACUCCAGUUAGAUUAUGUGGACAUAGUUUUUGCCAACAGAAAUGAUGUCAACAGUCCAAUGGAAGAGAUUGUACGGGCCAUGACGUUUGUAAUAAACCAGGGCAUGGCCAUGUACUGGGGAACCUCCCGCUGGAGCGCCAUGGAAAUCAUGGAGGCGUACUCAGUGGCGCGCCAGUUCAACCUGAUACCACCUGUGUGUGAGCAGGCAGAGUAUCACUAUUUCCAGAGGGAUAAAGUCGAGGUGCAGCUUCCUGAACUCUACCACAAGAUCGGUGUGGGAGCAAUGACUUGGUCUCCACUCGCUUGUGGAUUAAUCACAGGGAAGUACAGUGAUGGGGUACCAGAGUGCUCCAGAGCUGCAAUGAAGGGAUACCAGUGGCUGAAAGAGCGAGUGAACAGCGAGGAGGGCCGCAGGCAGCUCGCUAAAAUCAAGGAGCUCCAUCUACUGGCAGACAGACUGGGCUGCACUGCUGCACAGUUAGCCAUCGCCUGGUGUCUGCGCAGUGAGGGAGUCAGCUCAGUACUUCUGGGUGUUUCUAAUACAGAUCAGCUACUCGAGAACCUGGGUGCCCUCCGGAUUUUAUCCCAAAUGACCCCUCAAACCAUCACCGAGAUUGACGCCCUGCUGGGAAAUAAGCCACACUCGAAGAAAGAGUCACGCGCUUGAAGAUGCAAAUCUGAGUGACAGAUAACGUUUCGAGAAGAUGAAGAAGACUAAGACAUUGGGAAACAUCGCUUUUUGCUCUGCUGUAUACUCAACAACUUGCAUGUCCUCAGCAACAUUAUGCUUCCAGUAUGUGCGCAUAUCCAUUUUGCGCAGUACAUUGUAUCAUGUAUGAAAAAAAAAAAAAAGAGAAAAUCUCUCAAUUGUGGAAAAAAAAACAAAACAACAAACGGAUCAUAUAUUGCUCACUGUCGAUUGUUCACAAACUAAUUAUUUCUACACAGGGGGAGGCUGAAGCCGGUUAGACUGACAGGUCUCUGCCAACCACAGAAACCAAGAGAGCUUGAAAAAUAUUCAGCAGAUUUGACUCUUCUUAAUCAAAUGUUUUAGGACAAAAAAAAAGGAAAAAAAAAACCACCUCUGUGCUAAAAUGCAACUUUACUGCGUGAACGGUGCUUUCAUUUGACAUGUGAGUCUCCUCCCCUCGCAGCUGCCUGUAAUUCUGUAUGAUGUUUAGUACCCAGCAGCCAGAGAGCCAAAGGUUAGCACUCAUGUGUCUAGCCCAACAUUUCCCAUAGUGUGCAUGUGACUGGUCUGCCACGCUCACUGCUUUACAGGGUUGGGAACAAUGGAUUACUUGUGGAGUCAUUACACAGAUCUGACUGUUAAAAAAAAAAAAUCCUGAUCCUUUCUGGUAAACAUCAGAUCACAUGCUGUUAUAAAAAAAUAAAAAAAAAGGUUUAAAAGCACUAAGAUUAUGAGACAGCACUGAAAUAAUCAUUGAUUCUGGCACAAACUACUUGUGAAAUUGGCAAUCAUAAAUCAAUAGUGGGGUGAAGAUUUUGAAGGUAACUUUCCCAACCCUGCUGCUUUCUCAGCAGUCUUUUUGCCUCCUCUGUUUGUAAACUGUGCGCAUGUCCCUUUAAGAGAGAAUAGCCCCAACAGGGUGUAAAUGUGGCAUGGCUUUUAUGGCUUAUGUAGAUUUGCAGUGCCCUUGUAAGCCAUUUUUUUUACUCUAAAUGGUCAGGCAGUUUGAUCCAGGAUCCGCGCUGCUGGGCACUCUUGCUUUAAAGACUCUCAGCAGUCUGUGUGUCCAUCUGACGUAUAAUCUUUGUAUUGUCCUACACUGUAUCAAAAGAUGUUGGCAUCGCUUUCGAUGAUGUCCUGUGAAGAGCGUCAUUGUUGUCGAAUCGGAGGGUUUGAGACAGUCGGGACGUUAAGUGGAAAGAAAAAAAAGGUCACUAUGAUGGUCUGACACAAAGAUUUGGACACACUGUGGUGAAAUGAAUGAUAAGUCUGAGUUUAUCAAAUGUGAUACAACUCUUGCCACAGGUCACUUGGGGUAAGAUUUAGCAAAUGUAAUUUUUCUUUUUUUUUUCUUUUCUUUUCUUUUUUUUUGUGGAAGCCUAAAAAUAUAGCUUCUCUGCUCAUUUC